AUGAAGAGAGAAACUCAACAAAAAGUCAAUGAGGUGGGAACAUCAAACCUCGAGUCUGAAAUCAAAGACUUAACCUCCAUUGUUCAAAAGUUAGCCAUGGGACAAACUCCACAAGUGAUGGUUUGUGGAAUAUUUGCAACAAUGGGACAUCCUACAGACAUGUGCCCCAUUCUCCAAGAAGAUGCAGAACAUGUGAAUGCCACGGGAGAGUUCCAAAAUUACCACAACAAACCAUCCGGUUACCAAAAUUCAUACAAUUCAAGUUGGAAUCCAAAUCCUAAUAUGAGCUACAACCCAAGACCAUUGCCUCAAAAUGCAUUGGUUAGACCCUCCUAUCCACGACAACAACAUCAUUACCAACACCCACCACCACAUUAUCAACCCAAACCGCACCCUCCACAUCAUCACCAAAAACCUCCUCAAUCACACCCGAGUAGCUCCGGAAUGUCACUUGAAGACAUUGUCAAAUCAUUAGCCACGAGUACCCAACAAUUUCAAAAAGAGACAAGGACUAGUAUCUCCAGCCUUGAAGCACAAAUGGGAGAUAUAGUUACAUCCAUAAGUAAGUUGGAGUCCCGUGGAAACUUGUCUUCUCAAACCGAAAAGAACCCAAAUGUCAAUUUCAUGACAUUAAGAAGUGGAAAACAAACCGGAGAAAGUAGCUCAAAGAAGAAGUCAAAGGAAGAGCACGAAGAAAUAGAGAUCACUCCCAUUGAGGAUCCUAUAGCUAAGAAUGAUGCACAAGUUGGAGUUCCAAAGAAGAUCAUUCCCUUAGUGACACCAAUAGCCACUCAACUGCCAUUCCCCUCCCGACUUGCAACUUCGAAGAAGAACAUGGAGGAGAAAGAGAUUUUGGACACCUUCCGAAAGGUGGAAGUAAACAUCCCUCUACUUGAUGCAAUCAAGCAAAUCCCUAGAUACGCAAAGUUUUUGAAAGAGCUUUGUACCAACAAGAGGAAAUUGAAGGGAAGUGAGAAAAUAUCAAUGAAUGAAAAUGCAUUCAUGGUUUUACAAAGGAAACUUCCACCCAAAUGCAAAGAUCCGGGAAUGUUCACGGUUCCUUGCAAGAUUGGAGAUGUCACUUUUAGUAGUUUCAUGCUUGAUCUUGGUGCUUCUAUCAAUGUCAUGCCCUAUUUGGUGUAUGAAUCGUUGAAUGUCGGACCCUUAAGUGAAACCGGUGUCAUAAUUUCACUUGCGGAUAAAUCGAGUGUCUUUCCUAGAGGUGUUUCAGAAGAUGUUUUGGUGCAAGUGAACCACUUGGUCUUCCCGGUGGAUUUCUAUGUGAUUGAUUUAGAGAACAAGCGUCCUCCAAGUUGGGUCUAA